CAUUCAAAAUGGUCCUUCUCCACCUUGCAUCACCAUCCCCUGCACCAUUCAUCUUGCUCACCUCUCCGGACCGGUGGCUCCGACGGGAGCUCCCAACUGUUCAAUCUCUGAUUGACGGCUUGUCAUUUCCUCAGCGUAGAGGUGUGCGUGCUUGCGCCAUGCGCCGGUCGGCAAAUUAUAGGCCGAGUUUAUGGCACAACAAAUAUAUACAAUCACUGACGAGCACUGAUAUUAUAGAGCGAGACGCAAAGAGAUUGGACGAGUUGAAGGAGGAAGUGGCGCGUAUGAUAAAUGAGGAAACAGUGGUUGUCGAUGAUAAGCUUGAGCUCAUUGAUGCAUUGCAACAACUCGGGAUUGAUUAUCACUUUGAGAAGGAGAUAAAGCAUGCACUGGACUCUAUAUUUAGCAAAUUUGAUGACAUACGCGUGGAGACGAAGGAUAAUGCCUACAUAAUCGCACUCUUAUUCAGGCUUCUUAGAGGACAUGGAUUUAGAGUUUCACAAGAUAUUUUUGAUCAGUUUAAAGAUGAGAAUGGCAGCUUCAAAUCCAACUUGAGCAAUCAAAUUAAAAGUUUGUUGAGUUUGUACGAGACUUCUUAUAUGGCAGUGGAAGGAGAAGAUACAUUGAUUGAGACGCAGAAUUUUACAAUUCAACACCUCAAUAAUUUCUUAUCAAAUUCAUCACAUGAUAGCCAUAAUUUAAGAGAUUAUGUGGCCAAUGCAUUGGAGCAACCACUACACUGGCGCAUGGAGAAACUACACACGAGAUGGUUUAUUGACGUGUACGAGAAAGAAGAGAAGAUGAGGCCGCUACUUCUCGAGUUUGCAAAGUUGGACUUCAAUGUGGUUCAAAACACGUACAAGGGAGAGCUCAAGGAAGUCUCAAGAUGGUGGUCCAAUCUAGGAUUAUGGGAAAAGCUUCCUUUCAGUAGAGAUAGAUUGGCGGAGAACUAUUUAUGGUCUGUUGGUUGGGCUUUUGCGCCGAAACAUUUUGCCUUCAGACUGGCACAAACAAAGGCUAACUGUCUCGUUACGGCAAUCGAUGAUCUCUACGACGUUUACGGCUCUCUCGAUGAGCUCGAGCUUUUCACUGAAGCAGUAGACAGGUCUACAUAUAUAUAUAUAUAUAUAUAUGCAAUUCUUUUACUCAGUUUUACUGCAACAGUUUAAGACAUAUUUUUUGCAAAAAUACCUAAAUUAAAUUGCACAAAUAUCAUUUGAAGUUAAGUUGCUUUGUAAGUAUGACCCUUGAAAACUAUACAUUCUUUGCAUGCGAACUCCCAAAAACUUU